AUGGACCAGCCGGGCCCGCGAGACCCGGUAGGACAGGCGUACACCCUGGACGUGCAGCACCUACGGAGGUCGGCGCGGGCGAUCAAAUGGGAAGUGCCGCAUCUCAGAGAUCAAGAUGACAAGCGCGGAGCCACCAAGCAGGAAGCCUUUUGUUGGAUCUUGUUCGGCUCAUCCAACGCAACAACUGUGAUUCACUUCGCUCGCGGUGAGCCAGCCUCUGCUUUGGUCCUUGCGCUCUUCACGUACUGGAGCUUGUACUCUGCCUCUGCAGAGUAUUCCACGCGCUUCACGGCAGACGGCUUGGACCACCGGAUCUUCUACAUGUUGUUAGCCAUCAGCAUCUUUGGCAUGGACCUCAACUGGACAGGGGACGUUUUGGGGAACGGCAACCGCGACGCUCGAGUGCUGCACCUGACCUUUCUGGCGACCUGCUAUAUGCUGAUCGGCAUCAUGUAUGCCCGCGUCGCGAUCUGGCUGCCAGUUUGUCGUAAGUAUGCGCUGUAUCACUUGCUGCUGAGCGCCACCAGCAUGGGCCUCUAUCUCAUUGCCGCGCGCGGCUCCGAACAACUCUGCCAGGUGCUUUGCUGGCUUGGCUGCGGCCUUUUCCUGCUGAGGACCUAUGGUCUGCCCAUGGUCCCACAUGUCGAUAACAUCACCAGACAGCGGAACGCGCAAGACUACAUCAGUCGCGCGCAAUCGGUGAUGAUCACCACCCUUGCCCUGGUGGUGAAAGUUGUGGCCAAGGGCGUGCAACCAGGACAUUUGACUUCCGCGAACUGGCAUCUGCUUCUGCUGUCCGUGGUGCUGGUGCUGCUGGUGAAGAUGCUGAUGUUUGACGUGCACAUUGCCGAGACGAGUUGGCACGCGGUACGUUGCUCCUCCAAUGUGCGGCCCACCUUCUUCCUGAGCCUGGUGCCUGUGGCCAUGGCCGGGGUUAUGAUGAUGGCGGCGGGCUGCUUUUUGGUGUUGGACCUUGAGCUGCAGGACUACGACCAGAAGAAAGCCUGGAUCAUCAGUCAUAAGGCAGGAAGGCACUUCAGCUAUGGCUUUGGGCUGAUGCUUCUGGCAUCCACGGUCAUGCGAAUCCUGCACGACCCCCCGGCAAUGCCCGCUGUGCCAAACACGCACCGCAUCCUGAUGAUGUGGCGAGUGCAAGUGCUGGUCCAGCUGCUCCUCGCCGCCUUCUCGCUGCUCUCCGCUCGCCGCACCUCGGGCCCCGCGGGGCUCUACCGAUGUGUGGCUCUCACGGCCAUGCUGGUGGUCUUGAAUCUGCUGGACGAGAUGGAAGAGCUGGGCCACUACCGCGGGAACUGGCGCGUUGUGCGUACGGUGCGGAACCUGAGCCGGAUCACCAGCUUGAUGAAGAAGGAGGAGGCCACGCAGACCGCGGCGAGCUCUAUGAAUCUCGGAGGGUCCAUGGUGAGGCCCGUGGCCAAGAAACAGGUGGCUGGCUACCUGCUCGAAAGGAAAAUCGGGAAAGGCUCCUAUGCCACGGUAUGGAAGGGCCGGGAUGAGAAACACGAGCUGGUGGCAAUCAAGGUCAUCAGCCGCCAGACCAUCACCGAAACGGCGCAGUUGCGGCAAGAGGUUGAGGUAUUGCGCAAGAUCUCGCACCCCAACAUCGUUCGCUUCCGGGACCUGAAGAAGAGCCCUGCUCACUUCUAUCUGGUCCUGGAGUACUGUGCAGGCGGAGACUUGUCCCAGUUCCUGCGAGCGAAGGGGCGAGUACAGGAGGAGACGGCGCGGCGGUUUCUCACGCAGAUCGCCAGCGGUCUAUCGGUGCUUCAUAGCUCCAACCACUUGCACAGGGACCUGAAACCGCAGAACAUUCUGCUCAGUGAUUGCUCGAUGGAUCCCGUGCUGAAGCUUGCAGACUUUGGCUUCGCGCGCGCCCUGCAGCCCCAAGACAUGGCGGCCACGGUCUGUGGAUCUCCACUCUACAUGGCCCCGGAGAUCCUGCGACACCAGCCCUACGACGCCAAAGCAGACCUGUGGUCGGUUGGGGCCAUUCUCUACGAGCUGCUGAUGGGAAGGACACCCUUCUCAGGGUCCAACCCGCUACAGCUUCUGGCGAACAUCGAGAAGAGCACCGGCUUGCAGUUCGAAGGGGUCCAGCUGUCAGCCCAAGGCCAAGACUUCCUGCGGGCCUUGCUGGUGCACAGCCCUGCACAGCGCCUCUCGAGCCAGGAGUUUAUGGCGCACAACUACGUGAGCCUUGAAGCCCCCGCGCCCGCGGACGCGCCAAGCCCCCCAUCAGAUGGACAGGGUGCGGGCAGCUUCGUGAUGACCGAGUGGGUUUCGAAAGCGGAGAAGGCCGAGGCAGGCGUGUCUCCUGCCGCCUUCCGCUCACCGGAGGAAAGCCCGACCGCAGAAGCGGAGAAGGAGUUCAUCACCGCAAGCACGAGCGCCAGGGGACGAUCAGAUCAAGCGGGUCGAGGAGCUGACGGCAUCCGAGGCGGGAGCAGCUAA